GAUGAUAUUGACUUCGACCGUGCUGCAUCUGCCUUCCCUGACAUUUCACUGGAUGGCGAGAGCGACAUCCCUGUUCCAGCACAGUUGGCUCCUGCGCCUCCAGCUGGCAGAUCUGGUUUCUCUUUCGACGACUUCAAUAGCCCACCUCCCAUUAUCGAAAAGGAGACGUCAGUAAAGGUCACCGGUGAUGAUGACAUUGAAAAGUUUGAGAGCGAGUUCCCUGACAUUGACAUGGGCCCGACUUCAUCACCCCCGCAACAAACGCCGACAUUCAGUGCGACGUUUGCGCCUCGUCCACAACCCUCUGUGUUCUCUUCAACACCCAUCCUCACCCAAACCAUCGAGGAAGAUGAACCAGAUGUAAUCAAGGAAUGGCGCGCCCGCCAAGCUGAAGAGAUCGCGGCUCGUGACGAAGCUUCCAAAGCCCGCCGUCAAGAGACCAUCAGUCGAGCAGAGCGAGCCAUUGAUGAAUUUUACGAAAAAUACAACGCAAAGAAGGAGAUUACUAUUUCGGAGAACAAGGAGCAAGAGCAGGAAUAUCGUCAAUCUUUGACGGAGUCGCUGUCCAAGGGUACGACCUGGGAGCGCAUCUGUGAUAUUAUUGAGCUUCAAAAUUCGCAAAGCAAGACUAUUGCAAGGGCAGGCCCAGGAACGACGGAUCUGACGCGGUUCAAGGAAGUUCUGUUGAGAUUGAGGAGGGAAGGUGACGCUGCUCCUGGUGCUGGAGGUUACUAG